AGGCCCUUGUGCAUCUGGGUAUUAUCAAAAAUGCCACCCGUGGUUUUACAAGACUAUUCCGCGCGAUUCACUUCUCGCUUACAGUCCGAUCUGAAACUGGAAAGUUCGCCCGAUGGAAAGGCCAAACGGAAGCCAGGAAACUCCGCGGUCUUGUUCACCAUGACCGAAGAAGUCGGUGCUUUAGCAAAAGCUUUGAAAAUUCUCAACGAGCAGAAAGUGAACUUGAAGCACAUCGAGUCGCGGCCUUCGAAACGCCGCCCCGAGGAUUCUUACGACUUCAUGAUCGAGUGCGAUCACACCGAGGGCAAUGUGGAGCAAGCUGUCAAGGAUCUGAAGGAAAUCAGUCACCAUGUCCAAUACAUCACCGAGGACGAGGAAAAAACUGACUCGGAUGCAGUUCCAUGGUUUCCCGAAAAAAUCAUGGAUUUGGACAGAUUCUCCGACCGAAUCUUGUCAUACGGAGCAGAAUUGGAAUCGGAUCACCCGGGAUUCACGGAUCCGAUUUAUCGGCAACGCAGGAAAUUUUUUGCAGACAUCGCAUUCAACUACAAACAUGGCGAAAAAAUCCCAACUAUCGAUUACACCGAAGAAGAAAUCAAGACCUGGGGAGUGGUUUUCAACUCCUUGACGAAUUUGUACAAGACUCAUGCUUGCAAGGAAUUCAAUUAUGUUUUCCCGCUCUUGAUCGAGAAUUGUGGCUACAGGGAGGAUAAUAUCCCACAACUUCAGGGUGUAUCGGAUUUCCUGAAAAGUUGCACUGGGUUCACUCUGCGCCCGGUUGCUGGGCUUUUGUCAUCCCGAGAUUUUCUCGCUGGUUUGGCCUUCCGCGUAUUUCAUUCAACGCAAUACAUCCGACAUCCGUCUGCUCCGUCUUACACACCCGAACCCGACGUUUGUCACGAACUACUGGGACACGUGCCUUUGUUCGCCGAUCCCGCGUUUGCAAAAUUUUCGCAAGAACUUGGAUUGGCGUCCCUCGGUGCUCCGGACGAAGACGUCGAAAAGCUUGCGACGUGCUACUGGUUCACAAUCGAGUUCGGGCUUUGCCGAGAGGCGGAUGGAGUGAGGGCAUACGGCGCCGGGCUGCUGUCGAGCUUCGAAGAGCUGCAGUACUGCUUGUCAGACAAGCCGCAGAAGCUGCCGUUUGACCCGUUCAAAACAGGCGUUCAGGAAUAUCCGAUUACCGAGAUGCAAUCUGUUUACUUUAUAUCUGAAAGCUUCGACGACGCCCAAGACAAACUGAGGCGAGGCUCUCGUUAUCUUUCGAAAAUUAAAACAUGUAGUUUUCCUUCCUUGAAAUACGCAACGACGAUUCAGAGACCGUUUAUGGUUCAUUAUGACCCUUACACGGAAAGCGUCCAGAUCCUCAACUCCAAGAACCAGAUCGAGAAUCUGAUCCGAAACAUGAGCUACGACGUGAACCAGUUGCUCAUGGCGGUGUCGAAAAUGUGAAGCAAGUUUCUUCCAUGGGACGAACUUAUAUUGUUCCAAUUUUCUUCGUCACAUCGAUGGAAGGGAUCAAUAAUGGAAGAAAUACCUUCAUAUCAUACCGUCCAGCACGAAUUCUAUUCGGAAUGAAGUGGAUGCUCCAGUAGAGGAAAACGUCGAUUAUCCCCAAUUAUUAGCCGUCUGUCUAUUCCGGUUGAUGGAAUGUUACGAAUACUGUAAUCAAAAAUGAAUAAAUAACUGAGCAUAUGAGAAAUCUUUCUUCACAAUUAUAACCUGAUGUGAUAUUGUAUUACCAAAAUUCUAGAAACAAUUCGACAAACUUUUGAAGCUACUCAAAGAUCAGUUAUGCAUACUGUAUUAAUAUUACCCCUCUGGUGCAAUUAAGAUUUUGGGCACGGAUAAUCGAUAUGCCUCGAUCGAAUUUCAGGUGUUGAAGGUGAUUUCAUUGUGAAUAUUUCGAUUUUUUGGAAGACUUUAAGUCGCUUUGAUAAGAGUGUUCUGAAAACGUGUCACGUCAUGAGAUCGGCGAUGACUGACGCUGUCGGGCCGGGCGAUUUCGUGGAGAUUUUUGCAAUAUUAUUAUUUUCUCCCUCGUUUUUACGUGUACAGUAUGUGAAAAAUAUCUGGGUUGCGGCUUCUUCCAUUCAUUAUUUACAACUUUAAAUCGAAGAAUCUUGUUUGCCCUUCAAGAGUCCUGGUGAAUUGCUUGGGAAAUGCAGAGAAUCUAAUUUUUCACCAUU